UGUGACAGAACCCGCAGCCCUGAUUGGAUGAAACAUGUAUUUUUCUGGUAGGACGAACGAAUCCUUGUGUACUCAAUAAUUUUUACGACACGGACGUCUGUAGUGCAACAAUAGCUAUGCUUUUCAACAAGGCUCUGAGAGGGGGCGUGCAGUCUGUCCUGCGGCUCCAGAGUACCAAUGCUGCAGCCGUGGCCGCUACCAGCUCUCAGAAUGCUCCGUCAACAGGGUUCUGCUUUGAGAUGACAGACCAGCAGAAAGAGUUCCAGGAGCUAGCCAGGAAGUUUUCCCGGGAGGAGAUUGUCCCUGUUGCAGCAGCCUACGACAGGAGUGGAGAAUAUCCUUUCCCCAUCAUCAAGAGAGCAUGGGAGCUGGGUCUGAUGAACUCUCACAUUCCAGAGGACUGUGGUGGAAUGGGUCUGGGCAUAUUUGACUCCUGCCUCAUCACAGAAGAGCUGGCCUAUGGUUGCACAGGAGUUCAGACUGCUAUCGAAGCCAACUCUCUCGGUCAAAUGCCAGUGAUCAUAGCCGGUAAUGAUUUCCAGAAGAAGAAGUACCUGGGCAGAAUGACAGAGGAACCUCUCAUGUGUGCGUACGGUGUGACGGAGCCUGGCGCGGGCUCUGACGUGGCGGGCCUGAAGACGCGGGCGGAGAAGAAAGGAGACGAGUACGUUGUUAACGGUCAGAAGAUGUGGAUCACCAACGGAGGCAAAGCCAACUGGUAUUUCCUGCUGGCCCGUACUGAUGCUGACCCUAAGUGUCCAACCAGCAAGGCUUUCACAGGCUUCAUCGUUGACGCAGAUUCACCUGGAAUACUAGUCGGCAGGAAGGAGUUGAACAUGGGUCAGCGUUGUUCAGACACCAGAGGAAUCACCUUUGAGGACGUCCGGAUACCCAAGGAGAACGUUCUGAUUGGAGAAGGAGCUGGCUUCAAGAUUGCCAUGGGAGCCUUCGACAAGACCAGACCACCAGUGGCAGCAGGCGCUACAGGUCUGGCUCAGAGAGCUCUGGAUGAAGCCACUGGCUACGCUCUGGAGAGGAAGACCUUCGGGAAACUCAUCGCUGAGCACCAGGCGGUGUCGUUCCUGUUGGCUGAGAUGGCCAUGAAGGUGGAGCUGGCCAGGAUGGGCUGGCAGAGGUCAGCGUGGGAGGUUGACAACGGGAGGAGGAACACCUACUACGCCUCCAUCGCUAAGGCAUUCGCUGGAGACAUCGCCAACCAGGUGGCCAGCGACGCCGUGCAGGUGUUUGGAGGAAACGGCUUCAACUCUGAAUACCCCGUAGAGAAACUGAUGAGGGAUGCCAAGAUCUACCAGAUCUAUGAAGGCACAGCCCAGAUCCAGAGGCUAAUCAUCUCCCGUGAACACUUCGGUAGGUUCAAGAAAUGAGCUCCCAACACCUGUCAAGUCACUAGUCCCGUCCUCUCUGAAUGAACACCUGUCGUCUUCCUUCUCGGUUCUGUUCUAACUACUUGUUGGUUUUUUUAAUAGUCAUGAUCAAAACUUGUUGGGUGGGCAGCAUGGCUGCGGUACCCCCUGAAAAAAAAAUAUAUAUGAAUUUUAAAAUGGGAUUAUUCAGGUGGCGCUAUUGUCCCAGACAUGCUAAAUCACAUGUAUGUCAACAUAUUUUGGGUGAAUCAGAUAUGGCACACUAUGCUUUUUAUAUAGUUCCCUACUUUUGACCAGAGCCUUUGGUUAAAAGUAGUGCACUGCAUAGGGAAUAGGGUGCAAUUUCAGACACACUUUGACUGAAGUGUGGAAUGUAGAACAGAAUGUGGCCUUCUGUCAUCACAACACACCACAUGCCUUGUUGCCCUUUGGUUUCAACGUUCAACUGUAGCUGGACUGUUUUAAAUGGCUUUGAGUGAAGAAGAUUGUAACUUGUGAAAAUAUAACCGAUCAAAUGAGUUGGAAACAUAACCCAUGUAAAACCUCAACUUUAUCAGCACUUUGUUGAACUGUAAUAAACGAUGUAUACUGAU